AUGGAUCCCGGAAGGAGCCGACACGCCAGCGCGCUGGUGCUGGCCCUGACGUCCCUCCUGCUGCUGCUGACCGCUGCUGCGGGCCAAAAGAAGAAUCGCUGUGACAAGAUGAAAACGGUGACCACCGAGACAGACUGUCACUCCUGCUUCAUCAGCGCGCAGGUGGACUGCCCCGCGGGCUUCAAGAAGAGGACACCAGGGAAAGGCCAACCCGGCUGCAAGUACCGCGUCAGCCAGGGCCCCAACCUCGUACUGAACAUCAACGGCUGCUCACACCAGUGCUACAAAGAGGUGCUGGAGCCUGCGUGCUGCCCUGGAUACUGGGGAACAGACUGUGUCGAGUGCCCGGAGAAUGCCGAGACGCCCUGCAGUAACAACGGCGUGUGCUUGGACGGCCAGGCCGGCAAUGGGACCUGCAGUUGUAAGGCAGGGUUUGUGGGCACGGCAUGUGAAGACUGUGUGGACUCCUUAUACGGACCCACCUGCAGCUCAGUCUGCAGCUGCGUCCACGGCGUCUGCAACAGCGGGAUCCGCGGCGAUGGGAAGUGCACCUGCUUUUCGGGAUACAAAGGCCCGAAAUGUGACCAAGAGCUUCCUGAGUGUGUGUCCCUGAGCUGUCCCCAGAACGCCCGCUGCAGCGAGGAUGCCCUCACGGGGAGGCUGCAGUGCAGGUGCCUGCCGGGCUACCAGGGAGACGGAACUCAGUGCACCUCCAUCAACCCCUGCAAACAAAAGGUCUGCCACACCAACGCCGUCUGCGCCCACCUGGGCCCGAAUCGCCACUCGUGCACCUGCGCCAAUGGUUACCGCGGCGAUGGGGUGGUGUGCAUGCCGGUAGACCCCUGCCAGACCAACUUCGGGGGCUGCCCAGCUGACUCCACCCGCUGCAUGUACGACGGGCCCGGGAAGUCUCACUGCGAGUGCCUGCAAGGGUUCGAGAACCUGGUGCAGGGGGUGGGGUGCAGCCUGAAGAACCUGUGCAAACCAGACACCUGCAAUAAGAAUGCCGACUGCUCCACCAUCCAUCCAGGCGUGACGCAGUGCAAGUGUCGCGAAGGUUACAUAGGCAACGGGAACGUUUGCCACGGCAACAUUAUACAGCGGCUCCAGGAGCUGAACACUGAGCCGGGGGGGCAGUGGACCGGUCAGCUGUCCAAUGCCAUGACGCUGUUUGGUACUCUACCAUGGCAACUGGCCUCCUUGGGGCCCUUCACUGUCUUCAUCCCAGUAAAUAAAGGCUUCAAAGGGACACCGGUUAACACCCUGGUGGCAGACCAAAUGAACGCACGCUACUUGUGCAAGCUGCACGUGGUGGCCGGCUUGCUCUCCUUCGAGGAUCUGAAGAAGGGGAACAUCUACUACACCCUGACAGGGAAAUCGGGGGAGACCGUGACCACAGAUGAGGAUCAGGUGAUCAAAAUCCGUAUCCACGGCAGCAGAAAGAAGGCGGGGAUCCUGCAGUCGGAUAUCGCUGCUUACAACGGAGUGAUACACAUCGUCAGCAAAGUGAUGGACAGUGUCGCCCCGACAGUUCAGAGUGAGAAAGAGGAGAACCUGAUAAAAAUUCUUUCAGACAACGGAAAAUUUGCCAAAUUUAAGAAUUUACUGGAGAAAGCUAACAUGGUGCAGCUGCUGGAGCAGCCUGGACCCUACACCCUCUUUGCUCCUACAAAUUCGGCGCUGGACGCCAUGAAUAAAGCGGACCUGGACUACCUCCUCACUGACCAGGGUAAAACGAAAUUGCUAGAGCUGCUAAGGAACCACAUCAUCCAGUCUGUCGCGCUGCAGGUUGUCAACGUUGUGUCAAAUCCCCGCUCUGUGACGAUGGCCAACCAAGUUCUGACGUUUAAAGUAACGGAUAAUGGGCAAAUUCAGGUAAACAACGUGCCAAUCCUUGAGGCGGACGUUGAGGCGAAAAAUGGCCGCCUUUACUCGGUGGACGGGGUUCUGAUUCCCGCUUCUAUCGAACCGGUGUUGCCUCGUAGAUGCGAUACCACCAAAACCAGUGUUAUUAAGGGCAAAUGCGUCAGGUGUGCCGAGGUGACCAAAUCUGCUUGUCCCUCUGGCGUUUCCACGGAAACAUUCAGCCGAGGCUGUGUCUUCAGAGACACCUCUCUGGGGGUCAGCGUUCCCACACUCGGCUGCUCCCUCCUCUGCAAUGACACGGUGAUGACCCAGCUGUGCUGCAAGGGGUUCUACGGGCCAGACUGCAGCCCCUGUCCGGGUGGAUUCGCCACGCCCUGCUUGGGGCACGGCCAGUGUAUGGAUGGUAUCAAUGGGAAUGGAACCUGUGUGUGCCAGGAGAACUUCAAAGGAUCUCGCUGCCAGUACUGCUCCAACCCCAACAAAUUCGGCCCCAACUGUGACAAAACCUGCACCUGCAUCCACGGCGAAUGCGACAACCGGCCCGAGGGCGACGGGGCCUGCAAGCCCAACACCUGCCAGACGGGCUACACCGGAAAGUUCUGCGAGCGGCACACGCAGACCUGCGGCCCCAGGGUGGAGUUCUGCCAUGCCCACGCCACCUGCGACUUCAACGGGGGAGCAGUCAAGUGUGUGUGCAAGUCUGGUUUCCAGGGCGACGGAAUCACAUGCGUGGAAAUGGACCCGUGCGCAUUGCCUAAGCGCGGAGGCUGCAGUGUCAACGCUAAGUGUAUAAAGACGGGUCCCGGGACCCACACCUGCCAGUGCCUGCGGGGGUGGAGGCCCGAUGGGGACGACUGCCAGGCCGUCAACAACUGCCUGGAGGCGGACAGCGGCGGCUGCCAUGCCAACGCCACCUGCAUCUACAUCGGCCCGGGACAGAGUGACUGUGAGUGCAAGAGUGGUUUCCGUGGAAAUGGGAGAGACUGCGAGCCCGUCAAUAAGUGCGUGGAGCAGAACGGCGGCUGCCACUACCUGGCCACCUGCCGGUACCUGUCCCCAGGGGCGUGGCAGUGUGUAUGUGAGGAGGGCUACACCGGCGACGGACAAGUGUGCUAUGGGACCGUGGCGCAGGAGCUGGCUGCUGUACCUGAGGGCAGCGAGUUCAGCAAAUGGGUGACCGACGCGGGUCUCUCCCAAAUGCUCUCAGUGACCAAGAACAUCACCCUGUUUCUGCCAUCCAAAAGCGCAGUGGGGAAAAUGCCCAAGGGGGACAAGAACUUCUGGACGUCGAGGAACAGCAACCUCAUCAGUCUUGUCAAGUAUCACAUGGUGAGAGGAAUCUACCAGCUGUCAGACCUGCGCACCGGGCCCUCCUCUCUGCAGCUCACUUCCUUUCUGAAGGUCUCACUUCCUGUUUCCAAGACCAACGUGACGACAAUAGUUGGGGGAGCCAGAAUAACUUCAUCAGAUAUUGCGGCAACUAACGGAGUGGUCCACAUGAUUGACACGGUGUUGGUUCCAGAUCGGCAGCUCAGUGAAGGCCUGCUGGAACUGCUGGGCCAGAGACCCGAAUACUCCAUAUUCCGGAGUUACCUCAUUCAAUACAACCUGACGGAGGAGAUGGAGGACUUCUCCGCCUACACGCUGUUCGCUCCCAGUGACAGCGCCAUCAAUGACUACCUCAGAAAGAAAAGCAUCACCUCCCUGGACAUCAACACGACCCGCUACCACAUCGUCCCGGCAGAGAAACUGAUGAAGAAGAACCUGCGGGAUGGGGCCCACAAAGAAACGUUGCUGGGCUUCUCCUUCCAAGUGGGCUUCUUCCUCAGAGACGGAAACGUGUUUGUCAAUGAGGCCCAGGUGAGCCUCACUGACGUGGAGACCAGCAAGGGGGUGAUCCAUGGACUGUCAUCGGUUAUGGAGAUCAUGAGGAACCGUUGUGACAAGGAAGAGGCCGAGCUAAUCCCGGGAGUCUGUCUGGACUGCUUCACGACGAAAAACCCCUGCCCCCCGGGAACAAAAGCAACGAAUCGGAUGAAGGGGAGAUGCCUGUACACCCGCAUGCUACAGGGAGAGCAGCUAACAGGCUUCGGCUGCAGGAUGAUGUGUAAAAAAUCCAUCAUUACUAGGCAGUGCUGUGGGGGGUAUUUUGGGCAGCACUGUGAAAGAUGCCCCGGGCCAGUGGACCAGCCCUGUUUCGGGAACGGGAUAUGCCUAGAUGGGACCAACGGUACAGGGACAUGUCAGUGCAACAAGGGCUUUGACGGCACAGCCUGUGAAACAUGCCAGCCUGGAAAAUACAGCAUCCACUGUGACCAAGACUGUCAGUGUGUCCACGGCCGCUGCAGCGACGGCCUGCAGGGGGACGGGACGUGCGAGUGUGACGUGGGGUGGCGGGGGCUGCGCUGCGACCAGGCAAUCUCCCAGGACACGUGCGACAGGAAGUGCCACUCAAGCGCAAACUGUAUGGUCCGACCUGACGGCUCUUCUUUCUGUAAAUGUGCUGCUGGGUUUGCUGGGAACGGCACUUAUUGCUCAGCGGUUGACGCUUGUGCUCAGAAAAAUGGCGGCUGCUCCCCCAACGCGGUGUGUAAGAAAACCGGCCCAGGAAAGAAGGAGUGCGUGUGUCUUACAGGCUACGCCGGAGAUGGGGUGGUGUGUGUAGCUAUCAACCCUUGCCUGGAGAAUAACGGAGGCUGUCACAAGAACGCUCAGUGCACACACACAGGUCCAAAUAAGACAGCAUGUACCUGCAACAACGGCUAUUCAGGAGAUGGAAACAACUGCACGGCCAUCAACCCAUGCGAAAAAUCAAAUGGCAACUGCCACAGGGUAGCCAUCUGUAACAUGACUGGACCGGGAGAGAGGACCUGUGCCUGUAAGCCGGGCUAUGUUGGCAAUGGCAUAGUCUGCAAAGGGUCUGUGGACGAGGAGCUUUUCUUCAGCAACAAUAAGGGAACCAGAGAAUUUUCUUUUGCUUUAGCAAGAGCGCGGAUCCUCGACCUGAGGGGCCACGGUCCGUUCACGGUGUUCGUUCCCUCCAAGAACGCCACCAAAACGCUGGAAGACAACUGGGCCGAGUGGCGUAAUAAAGGCCUGCUGCCCCAGAUCCUGAGGUACCACAUGGUUUCCUGCAUGAUCCUGCGCCCGGUGGACCUGCGCAAGCCCAGGAACCUCACCACCCUGCAGGGGGAGCCCCUCACCAUCACCUACUCCCAGGAUACCAUAUUUAUCAAUGGCCAGGUAAAGGUGGUUUCCAGCGACUCUGUCAGCAUGAACGGAAUCAUCCAUGAGAUCGAUUCUGUUCUGAUUCCGGACAGCAUCCAAGCUGCUCUCAAGGACCCUCAGAUGCAGAUCUCCCAAACACAAAACCUUACAGAUGUGGCAAAAACCCAUGGGUACAAAACUUUCUUCAAGCUGCUGGAGGACACGGGUGUGCUGAACCAGGUGAACGACCACAUCCACCAACCGGUGACCAUCCUCUGGCCCACAGACAAGGCCAUGGCUGCCCUGCCCCAGGCCCAGAAGGACUUCCUCUACAGCACCCAAAACCGGCCGCAGCUGCUGGAGUACCUCAAGUACCACAUCGUCCGGGAUGCCAAGGUGUUUGCAGCUGAACUGGUGUACGCCACUCAGAAGACUCUCCAGGGCUCCAGCUUGAAAGUGAAAUGCGGGGGUCAAGACAACAUAGGAGACCUCUACCUCAAUGACAGGAAGUGUAAGAUCGUGCAGCGACAGCUGCCCUUCAACGGCGGAAUCGCUCACGGGAUCGACUGCUUGCUGAGUCCUCCCAGCCUAGGGGGGCGCUGUGAUACCGUAGACACCAUCAGUGUCAAUGGUCCCUGUGGGCGUUGUACAAGAACACCAAAGUGUCCCACUGGAAGUAAACUCAAGGAGGUGAAGAAGUGCGAGCUUCCCCUCGUCCUCUCGCCCAAGGUGUCGGGGUGCCAGUCCAUUUGCACAGCGGUCUUCUGGCGCUCCAAGUGCUGCGCUGGCUAUUACGGCCGCGACUGCCUGGCCUGCCCUGGAGGACCAGAGUCCAUAUGCAGUAACCGUGGAAAAUGCGAUGAGGGUCACCUAGGCACAGGAAACUGCACGUGUGACGCCGGCUUCCAGGGCGUGGCCUGUGAGCUGUGUCUCCAGGGCCACUAUGGCCCAAAAUGCCAAGCCUGCAACUGCACGGAACACGGGUCAUGUGACGAGGGCAUAAGGGGGAAGGGAAACUGCGUCUGUGACCAGGGCUGGACCGGGAAGCGCUGCGAGUCCCCAUUAGCCGUAGAUCCUGUCUGCACCCCCUCCUGCUCCCCGAAUGCCGUGUGCAAGGAGAACAACACCUGCGAGUGCAAGCGCUUCUAUGAGGGAGAUGGAAUCACCUGCACACUCGCUGACCUGUGUAAGCAGCUGAAUGGCGGCUGUGCGGCGGAGGCCAAGUGCACCCAGAAAGGCGUGAAGGUGACAUGCAGCUGCCCCAAGGGGCAUUCCGGGGACGGCUACGUCUGCCUCCCCAUCGACCCCUGCGCCGCUGACGACAACGGGGGCUGCCACGAGCACGCCACCUGCACCAUGACAGGGCCGGGAAAGAGGAAGUGCGAGUGCAAAAGCGGCUACAUCGGUGACGGCAUCACCUGCGAGGUGAAGGAGCUGCCAAUCAACCGCUGCGCCCAGGGCAACGGGCAGUGCCACCCGGACGCGCAGUGCACCGACCUGCACUUCGAGGACACCAAAGUGGGCGUGUUCCACCUGCGCUCCCCGAUUGGCCAGUACAAGCUGAGUUACACCGAUGCUCAGGAGGGCUGCAGGAAAGAGGGCGGCACCAUCGCCACCUACACCCAGCUCUCCUACGCCCAGCAGGCCGGCUUUAACAUGUGUGCCGCUGGCUGGCUGGACAAGGAGCGUGUGGCCUACCCCACCACCUACUCCAACCCCAAGUGCGGCUUUGGCCACGUGGGCAUCGUGGACUACGGCACCCGGGUCAACCUGAGCGAGACCUGGGACGCCUUCUGCUACCGGAUGAAGGACGUGCAGUGCGCCUGCAAGCCCGGCUACAUCGGCGACGGGUACGAGUGCAGCGGAAACCUCCUGCAGGUCCUCACAGCCAAGCCCACCUUCUCCAACUUCCUGUCUCAAAUCCUGAACUACUCCAACAACUCAGAACUGGGGAAGGAGUUUGUGAAUCGCCUUAGCAACCUGACCAUCCAGUCCACCCUGUUUGUGCCAGACAACAGCGGUCUGGAUGAGAACCAGACCCUGUCGGAGCGGGACCUGGAGUACCACCUCUCGGACGGCAGUGCGCUCUACUUCCAGGACCUGACCAACGGCAGCCGGAUCAGAACCAGGCUGGGCCACAGCCUCAGGGUCCUGGGCAUCGCCGACUUCCACAACGCCAGCGUGCUGACAUCCUCUCGUUACAUUAACGACCGCUUCCUCAUCGACUGGGACAUCCUGGCAUCCAAUGGGAUUAUCCAUGUCCUCCAGGGGCCCCUAGAAGCCCCGCCCCCAGAGCCUGAGUUCCAUGCAGGCCACAAGGCCGGGAUGAGCGUGGGAGUCCUGCUAGUGGUCCUGCUGAUCGGGGCGGCCAGUUUUGCAGGGUACCACUUCUACAGCCACCGGGCGAAGCCCUUCCAGUUCCACUACUUCAAGGAUGACGACGGAGACUACGGCAGCCCGGUGGAGCCCGAGCCCGCGCCCGAACCCGAGCCCGAUCUCAACCCCAGCAUCUGCAACCCUGUCUACGACUCAAGCUCCCCUCCCACCAGCUUCACCCCCUCAGCCACACCCACCUAUGUGGCAUUCUCUGAAGGAGACGAAAACUGCCUGGUGGAGAACGGCCCUUAUGAACUGCUCCAGGACAGCUGAGGAAGAUUCCCUCACACACAGACACACAGACAUCCCAUAAAUGUUGACUCUGCCAAGAAUGAAGCAGAGGUCAUACUGGUACAUGUUAUACCCACAGCAGCCAGAGGAGGGCACCACACCACCACCUUUCCGCAGUCUGCCCACUGAUUGAAGUUUUGAAAACAGAGCAUGAAACAUCAGCUCAAUCACACCACAAACACAACCUCAUUGUUCUUCUUAAUCCGUGUGGUUUCGUGUUCACAGAUAUGUAUUGGGGGGAGGUAUUUCUGUAUAGGCUGAAAUUAAAUGAUUUGUGAUUGACUAAGAACUUUUUCCAAAGUUCCUGAUAAUUAGCUGUAUACUGCUCCCCCCAUCCACUGUAAUAAAAGCACCACUGGCCAAAAAA